AUGUACGCCGUAUUAAAAAACUUAAUGUUGCCUGGUGAAAUUAAAACUCAACAAUUUGAGACAGUCAUCUCAAAAUUAAAAGAUUACUAUUGUCCAAAACAGCUAGUAAUUUCAGAACGAUACAAGUUUAACUCGAGGAAGCAGAAAGAAGGUGAAUCAGUCAACGAUUUUAUCAUCGAAUUGCGUCGUCUUGCCUCGAGCUGUAAGUUUGUUGCAUUUUUGGAUCAAGCUUUAAGAGAUCGGUUGGUUGCCGGUUUAAGUGAUGACAUAAUGGUACGUAAACUAUUAGCCGAACCUAGUGCACUAUCAUUCGAUUCUGCGUGCAAAACUGUAAUGGAUAUGGAUACUGUAAGGAAAAAUACAGCCGUCAUGCAUGAGCGUGUUGAGGCUGAGACCUUGUCUAUUCGUCAAAAGUUCAAAAAUCAGUCAUCCAAAUUACAAUCUCACAAACACGAAGAUGUAUCGUCAAAAGCCAUUCAAAAAAAGAAGUAUGUUGGUGAGCGAAACUCCAGUCAUGGAAAUGCUUGUGGUCGGUGUGGUCGAAAAUCUCAUUCAAAGUCAGAGUGUCCAGCCAAGGAUUGGGUUUGUUUCAACUGUUCAAAAAAGGGACACACGUCUCAUAUGUGUAGAAAUAAUAAAAAGUCUGUGAAUAAUGUAGAAAUUAAUAACGUUUUUAGUAACGCCCUUAAAACAACUGUUUGUAUUAAUGAUAACACAUUUUUAGAUUUUGAGGUGGAUUCAGGCGCAGCUGUCACUCUGUUACCAAUGAAUGUCUAUAAUGCAGAGUUGUCGGGUUUUUUACUCCAGCCAAGUGAAGUUAGGUUGAUCACUGCAAAUGGGAAGUCUAUGAAAACCAUGGGUAAAAUUAUAGUUAAUAUUAGUAUAAAGGAUCAUUAUUAUAAUAACCUACCCUUAGUCAUUACUGAUAAUAGUCUAAAAAAACCGCUGUUAGGUAGAGAUUGGUUAGACAUAGUUAACCCACUGUGGAGGAGUCAGAUUGUGUGUACUAAACAAGUGGAAGUUUUGGUGGUGAAUGUUAGGUCAGUGGAAAAGUUUAAAGUUAAAUAUCCUAAAGUAUUUUCUAAUAAUGUGGUGCCAAUAAAGGUGUUUGAGGCUACUAUUGUGCUAAAAGAAAAUGUGGUACCAGUGUUCCAUAGAGCGUAUGAUGUUCCCUAUGCGAUUAGAGAUCAGGUGAUUAAAGAGUUGAAUGCUUUAAAAAGCCAAGGUAUCAUCACAAAAGUGUCACAUAGUCAAUGGGCAUCUCCAAUUGUGUGUGUUCCACGUAAGAAUGGUAAAAUCCGGUUAUGUGUCGAUUUGAAAGUCACAGUAAAUAGGUAUGUGGAAAUGGACUAUUACCCCCUUCCUAAAAUUGAUGAUAUUUUUAAUUCACUAUCAGGUUGUAAAUAUUUUUGUGUGUUGGAUCUUACUAAUGCAUAUUUACAAUUAAGUGUAGCUGAUUCAUGUAAACAUUUAUUGACUGUCAAUACUCAUGUUGGUUUGUAUUGCUUUAAUAGAUUGUGUUUUGGGUUAAAAUCAGCACCACCAAUUUUUCAGUCAGUUAUGGAUUCUGUUGUCAGAGGUAUUCCACGAGUUGCAGCUUACUUAGAUGAUGUGGUGGUUGGAGGUGCAAAUUUAGAUGAAUGUAAAAGGCACUUAGGAAGCGUUUUAAGUCGGUUUGAAAAGUAUAAUAUUAAAAUUAAUGCAGAAAAGUGUCAUUUUUUUAAAGAGUCUAUCGAUUAUCUUGGUUAUCGGAUGAAUUGUAGUGGUUUGUAUCCUAAUCCAGAGAAAGUGGAUGCUAUUAAAAAUGCACCUGUUCCAGUAAAUGUGACUCAACUCAAAUCUUAUUUAGGUCUAUUAAAUUAUUAUCAUAAAUUUUUGUCGUUAUCCUCACUAUCUGAUGUAAUGGAACCGUUAUUAAGCCUUACUCGUAAAAAGUCUGAGUGGAAUUGGUCUUCAAAAUGUGAAAGAGCAUUUAUCAAGACAAAAGAUUUAAUAGCUGAAAAGUCUUGUCUGGUGUUAUACAAUAGUAAUUUACCUUUGGUUGUAGCAACAGAUAGUAGUUCUUAUGGUAUUGGUGCAGUCUUAAGCCAUAUCAUAGAUGAUAGGGAACAUCCUAUUAUGUUUGCAAGCACCACUUUAUCUGAGACUGAGAAGCGUUAUAGUCAGUUGGAUAAGGAGGCGUUAGCUAUUAUCUUUGGUGUCCGCAAAUUUCAUAAGUUUAUUUAUGGCCGUCCGUUUAAGUUAGUGACAGAUCAUGAGCCAUUAAAACAAAUAUUUAAUCCGUCUAAAAGUAUUCCACAGUUAUCUGCUGCACGUCUGCAACGUUGGGCUAUUAUAUUAGCUGCUUACAAUUAUGAAAUAGUUUUUAAAAAAGGAGAAUGCAAUUCUAAUGCUGAUGGUCUUUCACGUUUACCUUUAGAGUCUAAGGAAUCAGUUGAUAAUGAAUGUUGCUUGGUGUCGGUGGUAGCAUCGUUUGAAGAAAAGUUACUAACGUUUAAGAAUAUUGAACAAGAAACCUGCUUGGAUGAUAUACUAGUAAAAGUGGUUGGUUGUUUAAAUAAUGGUUGGCCACAUUUUUCACAGCUGAAUUAUGAGUUAAAACCAUUUUAUAAAAACCGUCUUAAGUUGUCGCUUGAAUCUGGUUGUAUCUUGUUUGGUAAUCGUGUUGUCAUUCCAAAACGUUUGCAAGUACAAGUCUUAGAUUUACUGCAUAAGGGUCAUCCUGGAAUAGUGCGUUGUAAAUUGUUGGCUCGUUCAUAUGUUUGGUGGCCUACUAUAGAGGUUGAUAUUUUAAAGUAUGUACAAUCAUGUAUGCCAUGUCAAGUGAAUCAGUGUGAUAAAAUUAAAAAAAUAUAUGCUCCUUUGCCAGAAUCCUCACAAACUUGGAUGCGCUUACAUUUAGAUUUAUUUGAUGCCCAGCAGUGCAAGUUUUUAAUUUUAAUUGAUGACUAUUCCAAGUGGAUUGAGGUAUGGCUGAUGUAG